GUCUUGGCCAAUAAAUAAAUUAAUUGAAUAAAAUAAAGAAAAAGGAAAACUCCUGCUUUGAAAAUGCUUAGCCUAACUGGAGUGGGGGUGAGGGCAAGUCAGUGACAGCUGUUAUUUAAGGUAGACUGUAAUAAAUGCUAGCAUCAAGAUGCAGAAAAAGGACCGUGGCAGCAUAGAGGAGGGAGAAAUUGCUGUCAGCCCACGAGAGGGCAUUGCAGGUUGAGAGAACAGUGUGAGCAAGGGCAUAGAAACUGGGGCAUGUAGAGAUUAAUUGGGGUGAGCCAGUGGCUUGAUGUUGCCGGAGCUUUGGAUUUUGGUCACAGUUGGAGAAAUGACUGGAAAAUGGAAAAGUAGGCUGGGGUCAGGUUGAAGAUAUUGCAUGCCACAUUAAGUUUGAACUUUGUUUUGUAAUAAGAGGACCCAUGGAAGAUUCAUGAGCAAGGUAGUGAGUGUACUUCAGGAAUAUUCCUAACGGCUUUCUGUAAAUGGAUGAAGCUGCUUCAGAAAGUAGUGAGUUCUUGGUUGCUGGAGUUGAAAGUCCCUUCCAAACCUGAGAUGCUUGGUGAGAGAACUUGGACAGCAUGAAAGACAAAUUGAAGAGGAAAUAGACUUCCUCUUCUCUAAACUGGCAGGGAGACCAGCUCAGAGAAUGCUAUAGAAGUGGGAUGUAAAAGGCUAAGUUAAAGCUGUGAAAGUGGAAAGGAGAGAGAUGGCUUUGAGGCAUUUCUAACAUAGCAGCUUAGCUGAUAGAUGUUAAGGAUGAGUUUAGGUCAUGCCCUGCUCUGUCAUUCUAAGCAGACAUGUUGGCAUAGCUUGUUCUUGGAGGAAUCAAGACCACAGUUCUAGGCAUCAGGGAAGACAGCAGUGCAAAAACAAAGGUGGGACCCACAGUAAGAAUAAUAGGAUUGGAGGGACAGAUGCUGUUCUGUUUUGUAUUGAAGCAUUUGAGGAGUCUCUGUGACAUCUGUGGUGGUGCAGCAAACAACUGAAAAUGUGGAUCAGGAGUUUGGAAGAAAUUGUCACUUCUUCAGAUAACUACUCAGCUCUGGAAAAUGAGCAUCCUCAAGAGACUCCAGAAUCCAACAAUAGCGUGUAUACUUCCUUCAUGAAGUCUCAUCGCUGCUAUGACCUGAUUCCCACAAGCUCAAAAUUGGUUGUAUUUGAUACUUCCCUUCAGGUGAAGAAAGCUUUCUUUGCUUUGGUGACUAAUGGUGUCCGAGCUGCGCCUUUGUGGGAUAGUAAGAAGCAAAGUUUUGUGGGCAUGCUGACCAUCACUGAUUUCAUCAAUAUUCUGCACCGCUACUAUAAAUCAGCCCUGGUUCAGAUCUAUGAGCUAGAAGAACACAAGAUAGAAACUUGGAGAGAGGUGUACCUACAGGACUCCUUUAAACCACUUGUCUGCAUUUCUCCUAAUGCCAGCUUGUUUGAUGCUGUCUCUUCAUUAAUUCGAAACAAGAUCCACAGGCUGCCAGUUAUUGACCCGGAAUCAGGCAACACCUUGUACAUCCUUACCCACAAGCGCAUCCUCAAAUUCCUCAAGUUGUUUAUCACUGAGUUCCCCAAGCCAGAGUUCAUGUCUAAGUCUCUGGAAGAGCUACAGAUUGGCACCUAUGCUAACAUUGCUAUGGUCCGCACUACUACCCCCGUGUACGUGGCUCUGGGCAUCUUUGUACAGCACCGAGUCUCAGCCCUGCCAGUGGUGGAUGAGAAAGGGCGUGUGGUGGACAUCUACUCCAAGUUUGAUGUUAUCAAUCUGGCAGCAGAAAAGACCUACAACAACCUAGAUGUGUCAGUGACCAAAGCCCUGCAACAUCGAUCGCAUCACUUUGAGGGUGUCCUCAAGUGCUACCUGCAUGAGACUCUGGAAACCAUCAUCAACAGGCUGGUAGAAGCAGAGGUUCACCGACUUGUAGUGGUGGAUGAGAAUGAUGUGGUCAAGGGAAUUGUAUCACUGUCUGACAUCUUGCAGGCCCUGGUGCUCACAGGCGGAGAGAAGCCCUGAGCCGGGGGAAGGGGUCAUGCAGCACCAGGGGUUAUGCCCCACUCACUGCCUGCCCAAAGCUCUGGGAACCAGAGACGAGAACUUUAGAGAAUUGGGACUCUGUUCCCUGCCCGGGAGCUCCCUACCCUUCUACAUGGGAGUGAGGGAAGGUGUGGGGGAGGAAGGAGAAUGGAUUUUUAGCUGUCCUUAUCCUCACCCUUGAGGAAAACUUUCAGCCUGGUCCCUGCCCACUUAGACAUAGCCCCCUUUCUGUGCUUCUCAGGCAAAUUCUGAUCUCUGAGAGAUCCCCUGACCUCACCCAGCCUUUGCCUCUAUCUCUGUCCCUGACUCCACCCUAAGAUAAUGGACACAACAAAACUCUUCAUAAAGAUAUUUUUAUUCAUCCUGUUUCAUGCUGUAUGGAGGAGGCUGAGUCCAUUUAAUGGCAUUUCUUCCCAUAAUGGGAGUGGGGAGGAUCAUGGGGAGGAGGGCCUUUGGGUUCCUGUGCUGUAUGCACAUGAAGGGAGAUGAGACUCAGGUGGAGGGGGAGGGCAGAGCGGUUAGCUGAGGUUAUUGCUUUUUGUGGCAAACCUAAUUAAAAUGACAGGAGCCUCUUCA